UCUGAUUCUAGAACUGGACCAUGCCCCAUGGAACAGGAGCCACGUGAGCCAUGUUUGUCCUCACUGUGCACGAUCAUUACUACGACUUCUCCGACACCGGUCAACCCCUCGACCGAGCUGAUUUGUUCCACCCUGGACAGUCUCGCAGAAAAUGCUCCAGACUUGCUCCUGUGCCGGCACAUCAUCGUGUGCGAUGGAUAUCGCUCCGGAAGCGACAGCAAGUUUCGAAGCGGAGUGGUGACGCCUGAGCGAGCGUAUGCGUAUGAGCAGUACAUGGAUGCUUUGGAGCUUCUGGCUCACAAAGGUCAAGAGACUUCGGUGGGACACGCCGAAAAUCAGACUCCCUCGGUCUGGAAGAAUGUGGAAAUCGUGCGACUGGCUGAGCGCCAGGGAUUUGGCUUUGCCGUCAAGGCAGCCUUGGAGUUGGUCACGACGCCGUUCGUGUGUGUCAUGCAGCAUGACCGUACUUUCAUGCGGCCCUUCCGUGAUGCUUUGGUCUUGCUGAAGGCCAUGAUGCAGGAGAGCCGCUUGAAGAUGGUGGGCUUGCCAACAACGACCAAUGACCCUACCAAGUACAUGACUCAAGCUGUAACGAAGCUUGGGGAGAUCAAAGUCUAUCUUCCCUGCAGCUUUGAUGAACUUGUGAUUUCAGUCCCUGACGUCGGCGCAGAACACCUCCGUUUCAUUCCCAUGAUCAUGUGGCACGACUCCACCCAUUUCGCGUCCAGCGAGUACUACCGGAGCUUCGUGUUUGGCCGUCGCCGGCGGCUGGUGACGAAGGGUGGCUUUAUCGAAGAUAAACUGGGACAGGAGCAGGGCUUGGAUCUGAGGAAGGAAGGUUGGGACGCGCACGAGCGCUACGGCACGUUCCUGCUGGAUGAUGGUGCUCCAGCACCUGCGAGGAUGGUGGGGCACCUGGACGGGAAGAAAUACAUCCGCGUGGAGGCCAAGAUGGCCCUGGCAGAAUCCGCGCGAGCCAGCGGGGCCAAAGCCAAAGCGGAGAAGGCGGCAAGGCCUGUGGAAGAGGAAGAUGAAGCUGAUGAAGGACAGGCAGGGCACCGAGGAAGUGCCCAUCCAGACGAGCUCCUGAUGGCUUGCAGGGCUUAUCGAAGACACGCCCUACUCCAGUGACCGAAAGGAAAACGCAGCAGUGGGGCGCGUGGAGCAUGCGUGGAGCAUGCGUGGAGC